AUGGCCAACUUCGCCCAAACCACCCCAUUCUUCUCCAACCCGCUCAAGACGAAGGAUGACCUCGCGAAGUUCCUCGUCGGCCUGCUAGAUCCACUCGCAGCGCAUACGAGUCCUGGAGGCGCUCGUAUCCACCUGGGCCACACCGCAACACACUACGACGACAUAGCAGCACAACUCGAAGGGUUCUCGCGCCCCAUCUGGGGCCUAGCAUCGCUCUUGGGUGGUGGAGGAGAGUACGAGGGCACCAAGAGGUGGUUGGACGGCUUCAAGAACGGUACAGAUCCCGAUGGCGAGGAGUUCUGGGGGAAUAUGAAGAAUAAGGACCAAAGGAUGGUUGAGUGCUCUGCGAUCGGCUUCGCCAUCGCCGUGGCAAAGGACAAGCUCUGGGAUCCUCUCAGCGCAGAGGCGAAGACGAACUUCGAGAACUGGCUUGGGGGAAUGAACGAUAAGGAAAUGCCAAACACUAACUGGCUGUGGUUCAGGGUGUUUGCCAACCUCGGCCUCUCUCGCGCCGGUUCUCCUCGGUUCGAUGCUAAGAGGAUGAAGGCUGAUAUGGAUCAUCUCGAUACUUUCUACAUCGGAGACGGGUGGUCGCGGGAUGGUCCUGAAGGAGUCGUCCAGCUGGAUUACUACUCCUCGUCAUUCGCUAUCCAAUUCGCGCAGUUGGCGUAUUCGAAGCUUGCACAGGCCGAGGAUCCCCAGAGAUGCGAAGAGUACCGGAACAGAGCCAGAAAAUUUGCGCUGGAUUUUGUGCAUUAUUUCGACGAGGAAGGACGUGCCAUUCCAUUCGGGAGAAGCCUGACGUAUCGAUUCGCCAUGUCGUCCUUCUGGGGUGCAUUGGCCUUCGCCGACGUCGAGUUGCCGGCACCUCUAACAUGGGGGGUCGUCAAAGGUCUGCAGCUGCGGAAUCUUCGUUACUGGACCAAGCAGCCCGGAGCAUUCUACCCUGACGGCACCCUCACGAUCGGCUUCACGUAUCCGAACCAGAGUAUGACCGAGAACUACAACUCGCCAGGAUCGCCGUACUGGUGCUGCAAGUCCUUCGUCGCACUUGCACUUCCCGAAACCCAUCCUUUCUGGAUGGCCGAGGAGGAGCCGUAUCCUCUGGCUCUCCGCGAGACCGUCAAGCCCCUGUACCACCCUCUCCAUAUUGCGACCAACCUCGGCGGGCACACGUAUAUACUGUCGUCUGGACAGCAGUGCUCGUAUCCCGUCAAACAAAGUGCGGCAAAGUACGGCAAGCUUGCAUACUCAUCUGCAUUUGGGUACAGCGUUCCUGUCGGGAAUGGAACACUCGAAGAGCUUGGUGGCGAUAGCACGCUUGCACUGAGCGACGACGACGGCGAGACAUGGAAGUGCAGACGCGACACAAGAGAAGCGCGGAUUGAGGGCGGAAAGUGGCUGCGGUCGAUGUGGUAUCCUUGGAAGGACGUCGAGAUCGAGACGUGGCUCGUUCCACCAACGAAAGAGGCGCCGUGGUGGCACCUACGUGUCCACAGGAUCAAGAGUGGCCGAAAGCUCACUUCGGCGGAGGGGGGCUUCGCGAUAUAUGGUCAAGGAGAGGAUGGUCGAGCCCUUGAACCGUCGAUCGGAGAGGCGUUCGGCACCUAUGAACAUGGUGGAGAGGGAAGAGCUGCAUCUCGGGCGGGUGUUUCCGGGGUAGUGGACUUUGGAAACAAAGGGACGAGGAAGGGAAGAGCCCUGCGGACGGACGCCAACUCGAACUUGAUUGCAGCCCGCGCAGUCCUGCCGACCUUGAUGGGGGAGCAUGAAGGCGAUAAGAAGAAUAUUUGGCUUGUUACUGCUGUCUUUGCCAUUCCAAGUGUCGGCUACAAGUCUGGUACACGCAGCGGGUGGACUGCGGAAUGGGAGAAGCGGCCAGUAGUUCCAGAGGAGAUCCAGGCGUUGAUCAAUCAACAGUAA